AUGGCUGGCUCAGAUAAAAUUAAUAGCCACCCAAUGGAGAACAAUGAUAACACCCGAAUGAAUUUAACGGGUGCUGAACUAAAAGCGUUGGUAGACGACGCAGUUAAGAAGGCCUUAGAGCGGCAGUACGAAGAGUAUAGUGGGACUCGUAGUAGGACCCUAUCUAUACCACAUUCGAAGCCUCCUUCCAAGAAGGAUGAACCCAAGAAGGAAGAUGACGAGCGUCACUCUUCUAAUAAUCACAGCGAUCCGUCUCAACAGAUCAUACUGAAUCAAGGACCCCAUGAUAAGGGUUUCUCCUACAAGUACUUUGUUUCAUUCAGAGGCAUGGCUGCCAAGGCCUCUGAAAAUGGAAAGAGAAAAAGGGAGGAUGAGAAUUCUCGUCGCUCCGAUAGGAAGAGUUCCGGGUUAAAAAGAGACAGUCAGCAGUCGGUUGAGAAGACCAAGUGCGAAACCUGUAGGAAAUACCACCUCGGGAAAUGCAGAUUCGAAUCUCAGCCCCUACCUUGUGGGAUUUGCAAAUCACAGGAACAUAAAACCCUGGAUUGCGAAAAGCUAAAAGAUGCAACCUGUUACGGUUGUAACGAGAGGGGGCAUGUCAAGACCAACUGCCCUAAGAAUCAGAAGAAACCCGAAGAAGCCAAAAGAACAAACGCAUGA